GGGAGGCUGGAGAGGAGCGAGUGGGGGAAACCCGCGUAGUCGAGGCAGCUGCAGCGUGGGGAGAUGUGGGAUUAGAAAAGUGUAGCGGAUUACGUGUAUGGACAUUCCAGCAUUCAGAUCUUUUCUUCUGCUACUCCUUUGUGACCUGGGCAAGUGUCCCCUCUUUGAAACUCAGUGCCCUUAUCUAUUGUGGGAACAACAUGCCACUGAGAAGAGAGGAGGCUUCAUAAGAUCGUCAUCCCGGCUCGGGGUGGCCUGUGGAGCCCCCCACCGCCAUUCAGGUCCUGAGAUGUGGUGAACCCCCGCCUGUCUGCCACCAUUCCCCAGAAUGGACCGAGGGGGCCUCCUUCCCUUUCAGCUGUGGUGCCCCCGGCCCUUUGGCACCUACUCCCAGAACCAGCCGCGCCCGCCUUCCGCAGCCCUCAAGCCGUCGGCCUGUCCUGAGCCAGGCGGGGGGGCGGAGCCAGACCAUGGCCCUGCCCACUCAGAAAACACACCCCCAGCCUUGGCCACGGAGGCUCCUGCCUCCCAGCCUGCCCCGCUCCUUUCAGCAGCCGCUGCCGGCGAUGAGGGUCGAGUCCUGCUGGACACGUGGUAUGUUAUCAAGCCCGGGAAUACAAAGGAGAAGGUGGCCUUCUUUGUGGCCCACCAGUGCGGUGGAGGCAGCCGGGCCAGCUCCAUGAAGGUCAAGGGGCACUGGGGCAGUGACAGCUCCAAGGCCAAGCGGAGGAGGCGCUGUCUUGAGCCUACGAAGGCUCCUCCGGACCCAGGGGGACAAGACGGGCCCCCUGCUGCUGAGGGGGCCCCAGCCUCAGCCAGUGAGGAUGUGGACCUGCUCUCUGUGGCUGAGAUGGUGGCCCUGGUGGAACAGCGGGCCGCCCUGGCCCUGCAGAGCUACCCGCGUCCGAGCACCCCAGCGCCUGUGGUCUACGUGUCGGCCGAGCAGGGUGGGCCUGCCAAGGGGCUGGGGUCCGAACGGCGGUCUGGUGGCGGGGACUGCAGCCGUGUGGCGGAGGCCGUGGCCCACUUCGAGGCUCAGCGGGACAACCCUCCAGCCAAAGGCCUCCGCAAGGAGGAGCGGCCCGGGCCAGGCCCCGGGGAGGUGCGCAUCGCCUUCCGGAUCUCCAACGGCCGAGAGCCCCGUGCACCGGAUGGCAGCUUGCCCAACGGGAGUGGGGGCCGGCCGGGUUGUGUCUACCCUGGCAGCCCGGGUCCUGGGGCCCGGGCCAAGGACAAGAUCACCUGCGACCUGUACCAGCUCAUCAGCCCCUCUCGGGAUGCCCUCCCCAGCAAUGUGGAGUUUCUGCUGGCUAGGGCGGAUGAAGCCAGCGAGGGUGAGACCCCAGCCCCUGCCAGGCCCGAGGACACUCCCCCGGCUCCCCCUCCACCCCCUGCCCGGGACUGUGGCGCGUCAGGCUUCCAUGUGGAUGUGGUGGUGACGGGGGUGGUGGAUGAGUGCAUCUUCUUCGGCAAGGAUGGUACCAAAAACGUGAAGGAGGAGACGGUGUGCCUGACCGUCAGCCCCGAGGAGCCACCCCCGCCUGGCCAGCUCUUCUUCCUCCAGCCCCGGGGACCGGAUGGGCCCCCCGAGCCACCGCCAGCCGACUCACCCGCCACUGCACCCGGCCCGGACGAUGCUGAGGGGACGGUGGACACCUCCCUGUGCCGCCUGUACCGGCACGUGUCGCACGACUUCCUGGAAAUCCGCUUCAAGAUCCAGCGGUUGCUGGAGCCGCGACAGUACAUGCUGCUGCUGCCCGAGCACGUGCUGGUCAAGAUCUUCAGCUUCCUGCCCACGCGGGCCCUGGCGGCCCUCAAGUGCACCUGCCACCACUUCAAGGGCAUCAUUGAGGCGUUCGGCGUGCGGGCCACAGACUCGCGCUGGAGCCGCGACCCGCUCUACCGCGAUGACCCUUGCAAGCAGUGCCGCAAGAGAUACGAGAAGGGCGAUGUGUCGCUCUGCCGCUGGCACCCCAAGCCCUACCACCACGACCUGCCUUAUGGACGUUCCUACUGGAUGUGCUGCCGCCGAGCCGAUCGCGAGACGCCCGGCUGCCGCCUGGGUCUGCACGAUAACAACUGGGUGUUGCCCUGCAAUGGGCCAGGCGGUGGGGGCGGCCGGGCUGGCCGGGAGGAGGGGAGGUGAAGCCGGGGGAGGGGGGGGGAAGAGCCCACCAUGCCCACCCCCACCCCCUCCCCCUGGGAGCCGAGGGUCAGGACUGGGUCACCAGCCCAUACCCUCAGCCCAGGCAGCGUUGAUCUCCCUCCAGAACUGCGAUGGUGUUCAGGGGGAUGACCCAAGAAAGCACUCUGAUUGACCCCUACUGGUUUUCUACUCUUCAGACCCUCAAGUAGGGUGUUUUUUUAUCAGCAUCUCAAUUUCUUCUCCAUUCAGCCCCAGCGCCCUCCCUGCCACUCUUCAUACCCCAGGGACCUACAAGCAGGGAGCAGACGGCAGCUAAUUUUGGUACUACUUAAGGGUUCCCCCAUUCUGGCCCCCUUCCGUUCCCUCCCCCCAAUUCUUUCUCUCUGGAGCUGUUUUUUUUUUUUCCCAAGAGGCUGCAGCACCCAGGGUUGGUACCCUUCCUAACCUACUACACCAGGGUUCACCUCCUCUUUAGGAAUUGGGGCCAUCAGAUCACAGAUCACAUUUGGCAGUUUUCAUGGCCGCCUGCCAUUUCUAGACGUUUUCCCCAUUAAAACAAUAAAAAUCAGUUUUCUCCUUAA